AUGUCUGACGUACACUCGUCUUCCAAACGAGCUCAAGAUAUAUUAGAUGGCUUUAAAUUACAUUGGAUGAAUUUACGAGAUGCUGAUUCAGGUCGAGUUCUUUGGCAAUCAUCAGAAAAUUUAUCAACACCUGGUGUUGAACAUGAAGCACGUGUACCAAAACGUAUUCUUAAAUGUCGAGCAGUUUCACGUGAAAUUAAUUUUUCAUCACAAGAAGAAAUGCAACAAUUUCGUUUAGAACAACGUGUCUUUUUUAAAGGCACAGUCAUUGAAGAAUGGUCAUUUGCAUUCGGUUUUGUAAUACCUGGCUCAACAAAUACUUGGCAAUCACUAAUUGAAGCAGCACCAGAAAGUCAAAUGAUACCGGCGAAUUUGUUAAAUGGAAAUGUAGUUAUUGAAACGAAAUUUUUCGAUGGUGAUCUUGAAGUAUCGACAUCUCGUGUUCGUUUACUCUAUGUAUAA